GAUGUCUCAGUCACGUUAUGAAGAACGCAAAGGAUCUGUGCAAAGAGCAAAUACCAAAACACUACAAGCUGGGGAUGCAUACAUUUGGACUCCUUGCGUGUUGCUCCAGUCUAAAAGAGAUGGAUGAUGUCCUUUAAAAGUGCAGUUGUAGUUUUUUGUGGUCCUUGCAGUGAGGAAAAUGUUGAGAAGCACUACAAAAAUCUACACAUGCUUUUCAAACAGAAGGGGGCCUUUGAUGUUGUAAAUGACAAAAACAUAAUUGCUGAAGACUACAAGGAGUUGGGGUACAAUAACAACACCUCAUCCAUGCUAAGGCAUUACCGUGCCUUGCAUGAGAAUAAGGAGGAAACUAGAGCUUUACCCAGCCAAGCCACCAGAAAACCAGAGCUGGAUGAAGCCCUCGUCUCCAUGAUAGUGAAGGACACACAGCCCUUCAGUGUUGUGGAUGACGUUGGAUUUCGGACAUUUGUGUCCAAACUGGAUCCCAAUUAUAUUCUCCCUACAAGGCAGGUAUGUAUGGGUGCAUGCAUGAAACAAAUGAGUACUUUAUUGUAUGUCUCACAAUUCAGCACUGUAUAUGUUUUCUUUUAGGCUCUGAAGGCCAUGGUGGAGGCCAAGUAUGAGUCAGCUAAGGAGAAGGCUAAGGCUAAAGUGGAAAAGGCGGCUGCUGUUAGCCUUACAUCAGACAUGUGGACAUCCAUCCACAUGGAUGCCUACCUGGCUGUGACAUGUCAUUUUGUGGGAGAGAACACCAGGCUGGAUUCAGUGCUGUUGGGAGUGCAGGCAUUCCCCCAAUCGCACACUGCUGAAAAUAUAGCUCGUGUGAAAGCCUCCAUGAUGGAGGAAUGGGGAAUUUCUAAUAAGGUGACAUGUAUGGUCGCUGACGGUGCUCCCAAUAUGGUUGCGUGUGUGAAAGAGCUGAAGCUUCGGCACCAUAUUUGCAUAGCACACACACUGAAUCUGGUGGGGAAGAAGGCGCUUGACCAGCACCCUGUGGUCUCUGGCAUUCGGGCCAAAGCAAGGAAGCUGGUUGGCUACUUUAGAAGCAGCACCACUGCUAAGGAGAAGCUUACACAAGUGCAGUUCCAUCUGGGGAUGGAACAAAAGAAGCUGAUGCAAGAAGUGGAGACCAGGUGGAACAGCACUUAUUUGAUGCUGCAACGUUUGGUGGAGCUGAGGGAGCCAGUAGGAGCAGCGUUAGCUGGGCUACAACAUGACCUGGCCUUUUUCACAUCAGAUGAAUUUAACAUUGUUACAGGGUGUCUGGCUUUGCUGUCUCCCUUUUAUGAUGCCACUGUAGAGUUGUCAGCAGAAGAAAACGUGUCUGCCUCCAAAAUCGUACCCCUCUUGAAAAUGUUGGAGCAAAUGCUUCAGGAGGAGGUGAUAAAGCCAGCACCUGCAGUGGUAGUCCAGAUGGGAGAGCAGCUCAUCAGGCUACUCCGGGAGAGGCUUUACACUUUGCAGUCGAUGAGCAUCAUGUCCCUUGCAACACUCCUGGACCCCCGAUUUAAGGUCAUAGGAUUCUUCAGUCAGACAAAAGCUGCUGAAGCAAUAAAACGUCUAACCUCUGAGUGUGCCAUCAUUAGACGCUCGGUACACAGCAGAGAGGAAACCCCCCAGGCUUCUACCUCUCAUGAUGUCACUGGAGGUAGCAAACUGUGGCAUCGUUUGGACGCCAGUGUCAUGGAGGCAAGAAGUUCUCAAAAUGUCACAGCAGAUGCCACUGUGGAGGUUCAGCGCUACCUUGCAGAGCCCAAUAUAAGCAGGAUGGAAAACCCUCUUGAAUACUGGGAGAGGCAAAAAAUGUUGUACCCAAAUUGAUAUAGUCUUGCUCAUUCAUUUUUGUGCACACCAGCAUCAUCCGUACCCUGUGAAAGGGUAUUUUCCAAGGCAGGAGAAGUUGUGUCCAAAAAAAGGAACAGGUUAAAACCCCAAACUGUUGAGAAAAUGUUAUUUCUAAAUAACAAUGAAUAAAAUCUCCCCUGUACAUCAUUGUCCAAGUUA